AUGGGUAAUAACAUGUGUUACUACUUGUGCUGUUGUUAUUGUUGCUGUUGUCGGCAAAAGUAUAACAAAAAGGACAGAUAUCAAGAAAAAAGACGAACACUUAAGGUAUUGAGUAAAAUAGCAAAAGAUCAUAAACAGAGACAACUCGGGUCGGACCCAAUCAAACUGAAACUCAGAGAUAUGGGAGAGUUCUAUGAAAUACCGACUAAACAGUAUAAAACAGCUGACGAUGUUAUAGCUAUGAAAGGCUAUCGACAGGACAGGGAGUUGGGUUCCGGUAAAUAUGGGACUGUCUUUCUAAUGAUACACAUCAACAGUGGAGAACAGUUGGCCUGUAAAGUGUUGGUAUUAGACGAUAGGAUGAGAAGUAAAGGCGAUAGACAUAAGCUGACCAAAGAUAUCAAAUACGAAUUGUUUGCAUUGGAAAGACUACGGCACCCGUAUGUCGUCAAACUAGUCACCCAUUUUAAUGUUGACAACACUGCCGACCGGUUGACCACUUUUUACAUUGUUAUGCAGUACGCAGUCGGCGGUACACUCAACGAACGUAACCAUCAGUCGGGACCGUUUGAUGAAGACCUGUGUCGGACAUGGUUUGGCCAAAUGCUGUCGGCAUUGGUUUACAUGCAUUCGCGUAAUAUCGCCCACCGAGACAUCAAACCCCAGAACAUACUGUUAGAUGUUUCCGAUGAUAUACUGAUCAGUGAUUUCGGAUUGAGUCGUGUUGUCUACAGACAGGGCGCACAUUUGGAGUCGAAAACGUUUUGCGGAACGGCAUCCUAUAUGGCACCCGAACUAUUGAACAUUAAAGUCAUAAAACAACAACAAAUACUGUACGGUGAAGACAAACAAACAAAACCCGGAUAUAAUGCUAAACUUGUGGACGUCUGGGCACUGGGAGUCGUACUUUACAAUCUGUUUACUAAACAGUUUCCAUACUAUUCAGCCCGACAUAAACACUGGUCACAAGCGCUGACCGAAAUGCAAUCAAAACAAUAUCGGUUUAGCAGUCAAUUCAAACCGUCAGCCGAUUUGGUGGACAUCAUUGACCAGAUGUUGGAACCAAAUCCCAAACGCAGACCCGAUAUGCUGUCACUGACACAACACAAAUACAAUAAAAAUUAA